AUGUUCUUUGUGUUCAUCUUUUGCAUGACUCAAUAUUAAAAUAAUUUAAGUGAACAAAUUUGGGAAACAAAGGUACUGAUAUUCCUGAUUAUUUCAGGGUUUGUUAAAUAUGAUUCCUCUAGAGAUUAUAGCCAAGUACUAACAUCUGAAGGAACAAUUUGUUGGAGGAGAAAUUCUGAAAGCUGUUUAAUGA